GCUCUACAGCGAACGCGCCCAAAGGGGACGCGGCUGCGCGGCGCGGGAGGGGGGCUGUCGCAUGCGUACGGACUGCAUUCCAGCCAGUAGUCCGGCCGCCGCCGCCCCGAGCGUACGUGUCUGCGCCGCUCCGCGUCCCACCCCCAAUACAAAGAACACCUCAGUAUUGUAAAAAAUCUGUGAUGUAUUGAUUAAUUCCAACGUUUUCGCUACGCUUAUGGAUUAAAGCGUUAUUAGUGAAGUGUUUAAACCAGUGUUUAGCCGUUUUAAAACACGUAUUCGAUCGCUUUAGAGCGGCCACGUACCAUGGAAUUUUGCUUUAUCGAUGAAUAGAAUCUCACAGCGGGCAAGAAAUAUGGUGGACUCGCAGCGUUGAAAACGGAUUUGGUUGUGUUUUAUGUGUAAAGUGUUGUGUUUUUAACAUGGAAAGGGCGAGAUAAUGUGUUUGUGCACGGAUUAUGGAUCGGUAGCGUCAGAGCGGAUGAAAGCUAAAUAAUAUUUCGAUCGGAUAAUGCUUUGGUGAACUAAAGGCUACAGAAUGGUGUCCCUCGGAUAUAUCGGGCUGCGCCAAACGCCGUGGACUGUAAUCGUACUAAUAUUCUUCGUAGAAAGCGCUAUGGGGAACCUCGCGAAGAGUUUCUACAUCCAUUGGAACACAACUAACAGCAUAUUUAGAAUAGACAAUACAGAUCAUGUCUUCGAUUUGAAUAAUGGCAAUCCCCAAUUCGAAUACGACCAAGUUAACAUAAUAUGUCCUGUGUAUACUCCGGGGACUUUUGAGGAGGAUACGGAGAAGUAUAUAAUAUAUAAUGUGAGUAAAGAGGAGUAUGAUACGUGUAGGAUAACAAAUCCGAACCCACGUAUAAUAGCUAUAUGCGACAAGCCUCAUAAGCUGAUGUUUUUCACAAUAACUUUCCGCCCGUUCACGCCCCAACCAGGCGGCCUAGAGUUCCUGCCUGGCAAAGAUUAUUACUUCAUAUCGACGUCAAGCAAAGACGAUUUGCACAGACGGAUCGGCGGGCGUUGUCUAAGUCACAACAUGAAGCUGGUCUUCCGGGUGUGCUGCAAACCGGAGGAGCAGUCUCCUGUGCCCCCUCCGCAACCAACCCCUCCUCCGCCUCCGCCGCCGCCCACAACAACAACAUCAACAACGACAACAACAGUAAUGACGACGAUUAAGCCGAAAAAGACGCACAAGUACGACAAAUCGCCGAACGAGGUGGUGAAGAGCGAGGAGCUGAGUUAUUCCCGGGGGGCUGCUUUGGCGUCUUCGCUGGCUUUAGCUUUGGCUGCGAGCGCGGUCCUGGCGCCCCUGGCUCGGUGAAUGUGUGCCCGGACGCGACCGCCGCGCCCAGACCUCCUUGGCAAGCCAUGCCCCACACACACCACACAGCUCCACACGCUCCAUCUCCGCCCCGACUCUUUAGUCUACUCGUGAAUGGUUUGUGAACAGUGAACACUAAACGUGAUUAGUAUAAGUGUAUUGGGCCUACUAAUUAUAUACAUGGAGCUAGUUAUGGACUCAUUUAAAUAUAUAUAUAUAAUGUUAACAUGUAUAAUGGUAAAAUAGGUUUCUUAAACCAUUAGGUGUAAAAGCAUUUUUUUAUAUUUUCAUUAAUGCAAUGAAGAUUGAUUACGACUUAGAUCGGAUAGGGAUUAGAAAGAAUUAGGUAGUUUGUAUUUAGUUCGAAAGACAAUUUUUUUUCCUGAAAAAAGUAACUUAGAAAUUAUUUAUACGAAAAAAAUAAGGGGCAAAUUAUGAAAUUGUCCAGAAAUACUGU